AUGAUUUUUCAUCUUUUUAUUUCCUAUCUCAUCAUCAUUCCAACUAUUGUUCAUAGUCAAUGUUAUUCAAAAAUAUCUUCAACAUGGAUAUGUGAUGGUCAAUAUAAAUCGAAGAAUUUAACUUAUCAAACAAUUUUAAAUCAUCAACAAUUUGAAAAUUUCUUUUUAACUAAUUAUAAAUUAGUUAAAUUUAAAAUUGAUAAUUACCCAUCAACACUUCAUUUAUUAAAUGCAAGUAAUAAUCAAUUUCAAACAAUAAUUUUAACAUCAAAAAAUCGUGAUAUAUCCAAUCUUCGUCAAUUAAUACUUGAAUCAAAUAAUAUAGAACAAUUUAAUAUCGAUACAAUUAUUUUACCAAAUUCACUUGAGAAAAUUUCAUUGGCCAAUAAUCGUUUAAAUAUUAUUGAUGCUCGACUUUUUUCAAAUUUAAAAAAUUUAAUUGAAAUUGAUUUAAGAAAUAAUCAAUUAAAACGGAUUUUACCAGAAUUAUUAUUGAAUAGAAAUAUUAAAUUAGAUUAUAAUCCACUCGAUUGUCAAUGUACAUUGGAUUCAUAUAGAAUUAUAUGUGAAAAAGCAACAAGUAUUAAACAAAAAAUUGGUGAAAGUAAUAAUUGUAUGGCACCAUAUUAUAACUCUCGCCUAUCUGAUGCGUCACUUCCAUCAUAUUUCCGUUUUUCAACAUUCAUUCUAAUCUGUCCGAUAAGUGCUCAACCACCACCUGUAAUUAUUUGGUCAACACCUUUUGGUAAUUUAACAUCAAUAAAUUCAACUAGUAUUGAUUUAUUAUCAUCUAAUAAUAAUGAUGAACCAAUUUAUGUUACACUGACAGCUUUAGCUGGUCCAUUCACAGCUCGUACACAACAUACAUUACAUGCAUUUAGUGGAAAUCGAUUAUCUGUAACAAAAGCACGUGCUGCUCUACAACAUCGUAUAUCAUGUUCUGGUAUAAAUAUGCUUGGUAUAUAUACAUAUGAAUUUAAUUUUAAUAUUGAAAUCUAUGUACAAAAUCGUGCUUUAUGGCAAAUUAUAUAUACAAUGAGUUUUGGAUUUUUUAUGGCACUUGUUGCAGGUGCAUUAUGUGUUACAUUAAAACGUACAUAUCAUAGUGUUGAUCAUUUGAAAACACCUCCAGUUUAUCCAACUAUGGCACCAAAUAGUGCUGCACGUACUCCACCUAAUUUUGAACUUAAUCAAUGGUUAUCAUUAGCAGCAGCAAAUAUUAGUGAAACACUUGAGCAAGUACGUGAUAGACUUCGAACGGGUGUUCAACAAGUUAGUGAACAUAUGGGACAAACAAAGGCCCGCGCAACAGAAUUAUUUAAUUAUGGUGUGCAACAUGCUGGUGGAACGAUUCGACAGGCUGCAGAAACUUCAGCCGCAUAUCUUCAUUCGUUUCGUGAAACCAGUCAACAACGUUUAAAUACUAUGCGUGUACAAACAUUAUCAUCAAUACGUAAUCCAGGUAAUUUAAUGCGUGCCGGUAUGAAUAUGCUUACUACACAAGUAAAUUCUUUACGUGAUUAUUGUGGUGUUACAACUGGUCAUCCAAUGCCAUCAAAUUAUUUAUAUCAACAGCAACAACAACAUCAACUUUAUGAUGCACAACAUUAUUCAUCGUCAUCAAUGUCAUAUUUACGUCGAAAUCAUAUAUCAACAAUAGCCGAAGAUGAUGAAUCACUUGUUGAAUCAAUAACAUUGAUGACUUCAAUGGAUCGUGUACCUUAUGUUGGACAUACGGCAUCAACAGUUGCAGCCAAUGCAUCAGGUAUUGGUCGACUUGAUGCAGCUGAUAAUUCUGUAUUAUUAGCAUUGAAUAAUUUUAAUCAACCACUAGCAAUAGAUCAUGAUAAUUUAACAACUCGAGGAGAAAUGAGUGCAGGUAUUGGAUUAUUUCAUGGUCAUACGCAUGAUCAUGAUGAUGAUCUUAUAGAUGAACCUGAACGCUUAGCUAUCUAUGGUGAACACCGUCCAGCUUGUUAA